AUGAAAAAUAAAGCUGCUCAAUCUCAAGCUUGGAAAACGGUUCAAAUUGCACGUCACCCUGAGCGUCCGCAAUUUUUGGAUUACGUAGGCGAAAUCUUUACUGAAUUUGAUACCUUGCAUGGUGAUCGUCUAUACGGUGAUGAUGGUGCAAUGGUGGGUGGAUUGGCCCGUUUUAACGGUCAGCCAGUAAUGGUUGUGGGUCAACACCGUGGUCGUAGUACGCGUGAAAAAUUACAGCAUAACUUUGGGAUGUGUAAUCCUGAAGGAUACAGAAAGUCUCAACGCUUACUGGAUAUGGCGGAACGCUUUAAUCUUCCAGUGUUUACCUUUGUUGACACCAUGGGAGCAUACCCGGGUAUUGGUGCUGAAGAGCGUGGUCAAGCAGAAGCAAUUGCAACCAGCUUAGCGCAACUUUCAAGCCUUAAAGUCCCAGUCAUUGCAACUGUUUUAGGUGAAGGUGGUUCUGGUGGUGCGUUGGGCAUCGGUGUUGCAGAUCGCGUUAUUAUGCUGUCACACAGUAUUUACUCUGUGAUUUCACCUGAAGGUUGUGCUUCUAUUCUAUGGAAAACUGCAGAUAAAGCAGAACAAGCCAGUGAAGCACUUGCAUUAACUGCUGACAAGCUCAAAGAAAUUGGUAUUGUUGAAUAUGUGGUUGAUGAAGGCGAGGGUGCUCAUUUACAUCCUUUUGAGGUUAUGGAAAAACUCAAGGAUGUGUUAAAACAAGCGCUUGAUGAAUUACAGCCAAUGACUGCGGAAGAACGAUGCGAAGCACUUUGGCAGCGACAAUUUAGGUCUUGCUUCUUAAAACAGUAUUCUCAAUUUCCUGAAAAUACCCGUUUCUUAAUCGGAUGUAGUGGUGGUAUGGAUUCCAUGCUGUUGCUACAUCUGAUGGUACAACUUUUCCCCAAGCAAAUUCGUGCAAUUUAUGUUAAUCAUCACCUGCAAAAAGUCAGUGAUGCGUGGGCUGAUUUUGUUGCUCAACAAUGCACAGUGCUGAAUAUUCCUUAUAUUCUUCAGUCGGUUCAAGUCGCUCAAGGUAAUCUUGAGAAUCAAGCACGUCAAGCGCGUUAUCAAGCCUAUCUACAGCAUAUCGAUGAAAAUGAGGUAUUGGUUCUUGCACAUCAUCAGCAAGAUCAAGCUGAAACGUUGAUGCUGCGUUUGCUAUCAGGUGCGGGGGUUACAGGUCUAUCUGCGAUGCAAUCCAUCGAUCAGCGCGAUCAAUUGCUGAUUUGGCGGCCUUUACUCGAUACUUCCCGUGAGCAGAUUUGCCAAUGGGUUGAGCAACUGAAAAUCGAUUAUGUGGAUGACCCUUCCAAUUUAGAUAUACAUUAUGACCGUGCAUGGUGUAGACAUGAACUUUGGCAUAUUUUGCAAAGCCGUUAUCCUAAAAUGCAGCAAGCAUUGGCACGUACCAGCUAUUUAAUGCAAGAUGCUGAUGAAAUUCUCAAUGAGGUGGUACAACAAGAUUUAAAGUUCUGUGGUCAUCCUACACAAUUGGAUUUAGCCAAAUUGGCAUCACUUUCCCCUGCUAGACAGCGGCAACUUCUAUCGGUAUGGAUGAAAGGUGAGGGGACAUAUCGCCCAGCCUUGGACAUGGUGCAAAGGCUACAAGAUGAAGUAAUUGAGUCUAAAACAGAUGCGCAAGCUGCUUUACAUUGGAAUCAUUUCUAUUAUUUACGUUAUCAAAAUCAGUUGUAUCGAAUUGAACAAAACCAAUAUUUAGCAUCAAAAUCUAAACAAUUGCCUCAAGAACAAGAAGUUCAAUUUCAGCUUCAUCAACAACUACAAUUCACAUCUGGUGUGUUUCAGAUCGAAAGCUCUAAAAUGGGUCUGUCUUUUGCAUUAUUCAAUCAUAAGCUAACAUUAAAGCCACGUUUGGGUGGUGAAAAAAUUCACCUUUAUGGCAGAGUAGGUGCUUGGCCCUUAAAAAAAGCCAUUCAAGAAGCACAUAUUUUUCCGUGGAUGCGUCAUACAAUUCAAAUAUUAAGUGUAGAUAAUGUUAUGCUUGGGGUGUUUACACCAAAUGGUUUUUGGUUGGCGCAAUCUGAAUAUUGUGAAGUGGGUGGAUGGCAACCAAAUUUAAUCUCUGAGUUAAAAACUAAGGUCGAGCGUGAUUCAUGA